ACGACCAGAACCACAACAAUGCUGGCAAUAGGAUUAGAAGGCAGCGCCAACAAGAUAGGCAUAGGCAUAAUAUCGCACCCGCACCCCUCCAAACCCCCCCUCGUCCUCGCAAACCUGCGUCACACAUACAACUCCCCGCCGGGCGAGGGCUUUCUCCCCAAAGAAACGGCGAUCCAUCACCGCGCAUGGGUCGUUCGACUCAUCAAGCAAGCUGUCAAGCAGGCUGGGAUCAAGAUUGAAGAUGUCGACUGCAUAUGUUACACCAAAGGGCCGGGCAUGUUUGCACCGCUGCAGAGUGUGGCGCUGGCAGCAAGAACAGUCGCGUUGCUGUGGGGGAAACCACUUGUUGGUGUCAAUCACUGUGUUGGACACAUCGAAAUGGGCCGCGCGAUAACCGGCGCAUCCAACCCCGUAGUCCUCUACGUCUCAGGCGGGAACACGCAAGUGAUAGCCUACUCGUCGAACCGCUACCGCAUCUUCGGCGAAACCCUCGACAUGGCCAUCGGCAACUGCAUCGACCGCUUCGCCCGCGCCCUCAUGAUCCCAAACGACCCAUUCCCCGGCUACAACGUCGAGCAGCUCGCGAAGCGCGGCAAACAUCUCGUCGAUAUCCCGUACGCGGUCAAAGGCAUGGACGUUAGCUUCUCCGGUAUCCUCGCUGCCGCGGAGCUGCUGGCCAAAGGUGUCGACGAGAAACUGCCGGUUGAGAAGAGGUUGAAGACUGAGAGCGGCGAGGUGGUGAGUCGAGAGGAUUUGUGCUUUUCGCUGCAGGAAACGAUCUAUGCGAUGCUCGUUGAAAUCACGGAACGCGCCAUGGCGCAUGUUGGCGCGAAGCAGGUUCUGGUUGUGGGAGGAGUGGGCUCGAAUGCGAGAUUGCAGGAGAUGAUGGGAUUGAUGGCACGGGAUCGAGGAGGCAGCGUGUUCGCGACCGACGAGCGGUUCUGCAUCGAUAAUGGCAUCAUGAUUGCGCAUGCGGGGUUGUUGGAGUGGGGGACCGGGGUGGUGACGGAAUUGGAGGAUAGCUGGUGUACGCAGCGGUUUCGCACUGACGAGGUCUAUGUUGGAUGGAGAGAUGACUGA